GGCUCGCGGCGCGGGGAGGCCGGGCGCGCCGCCGCUAUGAAUUCCGCCGAGCAGACCGUUACGUGGCUCAUUACCUUGGGGGUGCUGGAGUCGCCCAAGAAAACCAUCUCGGACCCGGAGGGCUUCCUGCAAGCGUCUCUGAAGGAUGGGGUGGUCCUCUGCAGGCUGCUGGAGCGCCUGCUCCCCGGGACCAUCGAGAAAGUCUACCCGGAGCCCCGGAGCGAGGGCGAGUGCCUGAGCAACAUUCGCGAGUUCCUGCGAGGCUGCGGGGCGUCUCUGCGCCUGGAGACGUUUGAUGCAAACGAUUUGUAUCAGGGGCAGAAUUUCAGCAAGGUCCUCAGCUCCUUAGUGACUCUGAAUAAAGUAACAGCAGACAUCGGCCUGGGGAGCGACUCCGUGUGCGCCCGGCCCUCGUCUCACCGCAUCAAGUCUUUUGACUCCCUGGGAUCCCAGCCUUCGCACGCUCGGACUUCAAAACUGUUCCAGGGCCAGUACCGCAGUUUGGACAUGAGCGAUAACAGCAGCAGUCAGCUGGUGGUGAGAGCCAAGUUCAACUUCCAGCAGACCAACGAGGACGAGCUCUCCUUCGCCCGAGGGGACGUCAUCCACGUCACGCGAGUGGAGGAGGGCGGCUGGUGGGAGGGCACGCUCGACGGCAGGACCGGCUGGUUCCCCAGCAACUACGUGCGCGAGAUCAAGCCCAGCGAAAAGCCCGUGUCACCCAAGUCGGGGACCUUGAAGAGCCCGCCCAAAGGAUUCGACACGACUGCCAUUAACAAAAGCUAUUACAACGUGGUGCUACAGAAUAUUUUGGAAACGGAAAAUGAAUAUUCUAAAGAACUUCAGACUGUGCUUUCUGCUUAUCUCCGGCCUCUGCAGACGAGUGAGAAGUUAAGUUCAGCAAACAUGUCGUAUUUAAUGGGCAACCUGGAAGAAAUAUGUUCUUUCCAGCAAAUGCUUGUACAGUCUUUAGAAGAAUGCACCAAGGUGCCCGAGGCCCAGCAGCGAGUCGGAGGCUGCUUCCUAAGCCUGAUGCCGCAGAUGAAGACCCUGUACCUGGCGUAUUGUGCCAACCACCCGUCUGCAGUGAGCGUCCUCACCCAGCACAGCGAGGAGCUGGGCGAGUUCAUGGAGAUGAAGGGCGCCAGCAGCCCGGGGGUGCUCGUGCUGACCACCGGCCUCAGCAAGCCGUUCAUGCGUCUGGACAAGUACCCCGCGCUGCUCAAGGAGCUGGAGAGGCACAUGGAGGAUUAUCACCCGGACAGACAAGAUAUUCAGAAAUCCAUGACCGCCUUCAAAAACCUCUCAGCCCAGUGUCAGGAAGUACGGAAAAGGAAGGAGCUGGAGCUGCAGAUCCUGACGGAAGCCAUCCGGAGCUGGGAGGGGGACGACAUCAAGACCCUGGGGCACGUCAUUCACAUGUCCCAGGUCCUGAUUCAGUGCGCCGGAAGCGAGGAAAAGAAUGAAAGAUACCUUCUGCUCUUCCCAAAUAUCUUGCUGAUGUUGUCUGCCAGUCCUAGGAUGAGUGGUUUCAUAUAUCAGGGAAAGCUACCAACGACAGGAAUGACAAUCACAAAGCUUGAGGACAGUGAAAAUCAUAGAAAUGCGUUUGAAAUAUCAGGGAGCAUGAUCGAGCGGAUCCUGGUGUCGUGCAGCAGCCAGCAGGACCUGCACGAGUGGGUGGACCGUCUGCAGAGGCAGACGAAGGUCACGUCCGCGGGGAACCCCACCAUUAAGCCUCACUCCGUGCCGUCUCACACCCUCCCCUCCCACUCCAUCACCCCGUCCAGCAAGCACGCGGACAGCAAGCCGGCACCGCUGACCCCCACCUACCACACGCUGCCCCACCCCUCCCACCACGGCACCCCGCACACCACCAUCAACUGGGGGCCCCUGGAGCCUCCGAAGACCCCCAAGCCGUGGAGCCUGAGCUGCCUGCGCCCCGCGCCGCCGCUGCGGCCCUCAGCUGCGCUCUGCUACAAGGAGGAUCUUAGCAAGAGUCCCAAGACCAUGAAGAAGCUGCUCCCUAAGCGCAAGCCCGAGCGGAAGCCUUCGGACGAGGAGUUCGCACUGAGGAAGAGCACGGCUGCGCUGGAGGAGGACGCCCAGAUCCUGAAGGUCAUUGAGGCUUACUGCACCAGCGCCAAGACGCGCCAGACGCUCAACUCGACAUGGCAAGGCACUGACCUGAUGCAUAAUCACGUCUUGGCUGAUGAUGACCAAUCAAGUCUAGACUCCUUGGGUCGUCGCAGCAGCCUUUCUCGCUUGGAGCCCUCAGACCUCUCGGAAGACUCUGACUAUGACAGUGUAUGGACAGCCCAUAGUUACAGGAUGGGCUCGACCUCUCGUUCACGCAAAGAAUCUGCCCCACAAGUUUUGCUUCCGGAAGAAGAGAAAAUUAUCGUUGAAGAAACUAAAAGCAACGGUCAGACAGUGAUAGAAGAAAAGAGCCUCGUCGACACCGUGUACGCGCUGAAGGAUGAGGUCCAGGAGCUGCGGCAGGACAACAAGAAGAUGAAGAAGUCUCUGGAGGACGAGCAGCGGGCCCGCCGGGACCUGGAGAAGCUGCUGCGCAAGGUGCUGAAGAGCAUGAACGACCCCGCCUGGGACGAGACCAACCUCUGAGCCCCCCGCCUGGGGACACGCGGGACCCCGGGGUGGCAGGCUGCAGGGCCUCCCGCCUCCGCCUCCGGGGUGUGGAUCACGGCCGAGCCGCCCCAAGGCCCACGAGGGGGGACAGACGCAGGGCCAGCCACGUGCUCUCCUCUCAGCGGCUCAGCUCCUUGUCCACGGUCGGCGUGCUGCCUGCCGGACGCAGGCCUGGCCUUCCAGGCUCUGCGGAUACGUGUAAAUGUUCCCCACACGCUUCCUGUACAUGCCCUGUUGUGAACGCGUGUCCGUGGUGGUUAUACCCGGGCUGAUCCCUGUGCUAGGACCCCCUCCACUAGCCUCUCAGGUCCCUGCGCUGGGGCUGGGGCUCCGGCUCCCGUCCAGGGGUCUUGGGGGCACCUGCCCUGCGCUCCACAGCAGCGGCCACGGCACUCUGGAGACGCUUCCCACGCAGGCCCUGUACCUGCAGAUGCACCUUAGCCCCCGAGAGUCUUCUGGGGGGCGGCGUUGGGUCACCGUCGUGCAGUGCUCUGGCCGGACCCAGGGGAGUCUGGCCUCAGCCCUGAGCCGGAGUCACGUCCACCACCAGGGCGCGGCUCUGUGUGAGCUGUGAGCGUCAGGUGCACCCACUGCGUGGGGGGUCCGGCAGCCUGAUGGGCAGGCUGGCCUGCACCUCCACCAGGCGCACUGCUCUGUGCCCCCUGAGAGAGUGAGAGCCUGUAAAUAAGUGUAUUUAUUACCCGGCGCUGUGGCUUCCGGGCCUGGCCAGGGGUUCUGUGUGGGGCUGGUCUGAACCCCAAGACCUGCUCUCCGGGGUGCAGCGGGCAGCCCGCCCUGCAGUGUGCACCGCGGCCGGAGGCAUCUUUCCUCUGGGCGAGGAUCCAGCAGCACGCAUCGUCCAGUCCCGGAGCCAUGCAGGUCGAACCCCUCCCAGAUGGCAGGGGAGACACCUGAGGAAGCUCCGGGGCGGGACGGCGGUCCCAGGACCUCUGCUCUCCCCUUUGCUCUUCGGAAGAGGUCUUUUUACGAGAGAGAGAAACUUACAGAGAACAAGUGUCAUAUCUUUACAGACCAAAAUCACAGCUCUGGGCACGGGAGACCUCUCAGACUUCUGACCCUUCAAGGGGCCCAGCUGUCCGACGUCCAUGAACCGGGCAGCUCAGAGCAGCUGGUCCUGGGUGUCCGUGGGCCCCGUGGGCCCCGUCCCACAGCGUGGAGCUCAGACUCCCCUGCCUGGUGGCGCUUCUGCGGCUCGGCCCCGACCUGCCCACAGUCGACCGUGUAACCAGGACGGCGGCUUCCUGCCUUGGCGCUGUCCUCAUUGCCUCGGGGGCCGGAAAGCGUCGGCCUCUCCCCCUUUCCUGAGCCCUGUGUUGCCGUGGUGGUUUCGGGGACAUGCGAGAGCCUGCAGGGGAGCAGGUGGAUUAACUCAGGAAGCACGCCCGUCACCUGAUUGCCCCACACCGACGGGCAGCGUUGCCACCAGCGUCCCGGGACGGGGCUCCUCCAGACCUGCCUUAACCGUUGAUUCUCGCAUCAAGGGAGACGGUGGGGAUUUUACUGCCCCUCCCCCAGAGGGUGAGCUGCGAGUCGCUUGCAUAACGUGUUACUUUUUUCACCGAGGAUCCAGGGCUUGACUGAGCUUUUUAGGGAGCAGAGAAGAUGGACCUUCUAGAAACCUGCCUGUUGUAAACAGACUGCGUCUGUGUCUCAGCACCUUCCGGGGCCUGGGGGUGGCUGGGCCACUCUGCCGCCCAAGGCACCUCUGCUCCCGCCUUGCGUGGACGUGGAGACAAAGCCAUUUCCUCGCCAGGGAUGCGCGGCCUCUGUCCUGCGCACCCCCUGCCCCCAGCCUGUGGGCUCCUGAUGCCUCUGCGUCCUCCGUCCUCGGGGACACGCAGGGCCCCCGUUUACAGCUGUGGGGACACUUCCCGACACGCGCAGUUGGUGGCCUGGCACUGACCACUCAUGCUCCAUGGUUGUAAUUAUUAAACUAUUUUUCUUAUGGUACAAACA